AUGCUCAGCACGCUGCCCUCACCCACUCGCGAUCUCAAGCUUCUCGCCCGCGAGGAACGUCACUUCACGUUUGCGCACUUUACCUGCGAGCAUGCCUGGGUGAUUGGGAAUAUCCUGCGCAAUGCGCUGCGAACGGCUGACUGUCCGUGUCUUAUCCACAUCUCGAUUGCAUCGCAGACACUAUUCCAUGCACCGAGCUUGCCAGGCCUGAUGCCAGAUUCCGAAUCCUGGAUGCAGAGAAAGCGCAAUACGGUGUUGAGGUGGGGACAUAGUACCUGGUAUAUGAGUUGUAUGUUCGAUGGGGAUUAUAAGAGGUUUGCAGAGUACCAUGCUAUGAGUGGAGACGAGUGGGCAAAGUACACGCUUGAAGGGGGAGGGUUUCCCGUCUUUGUCAAGGGGGUGGAAGGCUGUGUUGGUGCGAUUGUGGUGGUGGGCGUGGACAGUGAACAAGCGCAUGGAGUGGUGGUCAAGGCGAUUGAAGAGUACAAGGAUUUGAGGGAUGGAUUCAAGAGCCCAACGAGGAGCAUGACUGUUAAAUGA